GCGGAAGUGGAUGAUGAGGAUGGAACCUUUACCAACAUUUCUCUGGCUGAUGACUCAGUUGACAGUGGUGCAGCAGCACAGUAUUCCAGAAACGACAACGAAUUCAUCAUGAACUGUGACUUGGAUGGGGACGUGGAGAACCAGGUGGAACUGGAAGAAAAGACGAGGCUCAUAAAUCAGGUGCUGGAGCUGCAGCAUACAUUGGAAGACCUUUCAGCCAGAGUAGAUGCCGUGAAGGAGGAGAACCUGAAGCUGAAGUCGGAGAACCAGGUUCUAGGCCAGUACAUUGAGAACCUCAUGUCUGCCUCCAGCGUGUUCCAGACCACUGACACCAAAGGGAAGAGGAAAUAGUGGUGAACGAAUUGUUAAAUGGUGGGGGGGUGAUGGAACCUCCGACUUCUCUUAUUCCAUUCCCAUUCUCGAUUCCCUCAGCAGACUCCUUGGCCUCGAUGUGAGACCCAGUUUACACAGUCAUGACCCUCCUCACUCUACAGACAUACAUAUGUCACUUGUUAUGUUAUAUUUUGUAUGAUUACUGUUAUUUAUUAUGUCGUUGAUUUAUUUUAUUUUUCUUUUUGUAUAUAUGUUCCAUAAUGUAUUACAUGUGGGUAGAGCUCAUUUUUUUUUGUUCUGACGCAAGACCAACAGUAUUAUUGUGAAAUGGUUGAGAGAAAGUUAGUAGGAGCCUGUACAAGUGUAUGUCCUAUGUGCUGUGGAGUUAACCAGAGUUGGAAUCAAUCAAAUAACCACACAUGUGUGUUACAUAUUGAUACUUGUUGAGGAAUUUUAAUUUCAACUGUAAGAUCAUGGUCAUAAACGCUAAGGAGAUGAGCACAGGAUGUAUGUCUUUGGAAGAAUUGUGUGUUGUUACUGUUUGCUGCACAAAAAUGGCUAAGAAUUGAGACUAUUUGAUCUGAUUUUCCAGACUGGAGUUCUCAAAUAUUUUAAAAUUUAGAGGUCUCUAUCCCACAACCUGGAAAUCCCUACCCCCAUCUAAUCAGCAUGUAAGUUGCAACAACAAAAUUGCAUGAAUUUAAGAUAGCAAAAGGGAUCUUACUUUUAGAGUAUGGUGUACAGAAUUAUAUUUACUGUGGUCUCCCAUGGCCAAAAUUAUACAGUGCACCUGAACCAGGUAUUUUCGACUAGCCUUAUAUUAGAGUGUGGGUGAAAACCAUAAAGGGACAUUUGUUUCCCAAGCCUGUGUGGAAGAAAUAGGGAUGGGGAUCGCACCUAGCCGAGCGGUUUCACUCUUCACAUGUGACUCCCAGUGGUUUGAACGGGUCCACUUAUUUCAUAUCUUAGUCUUCUGGAUUUUAAGGGUGGACACGAGGUGUUGAAAAAUGGCUGCCUCUACAAUAAGAUUUACCUUUAGUUUUCAGGUGACAAAAUUUGUGAAAGUUGUUUGGAUUAUUCUCAACACACGAGUCUAGAGGUGAUGUAGGUAGCUCUAAAACACUACUAAUCUCCUCUGUCCUAUUCAUUGUAUGAAACUGCCUUGUGCAUAGAUGUGUACAUUAAAACAAAUAUAUUGCCUAAAACACUUUUGUUUUAAUAAAAUUGUAUUCUUUGGCUUUC